UUCAAGUCUUGUGGUCUGUACAUAGCCUGCUAAAUUUUAUUAAUAUGACAUGACAGCCUGCCUGCCAGCUUUACAUACUAAACCUCAGCAGUUAAAAUAAUACACCAUCCGAUUACACAAUCUUUUAUAUACGGAAAAUUUGUUCACGUGAGUGGUUUGGUUGGACUGUCGUUAAUUAUUAAAGAGUCAACUAACAAAUAAAGAUCAAAAUGUCCACCUCUAAAUUCUCCACGGUCGAGGCCGGCCCUCCCAUCGAAGUUUUCGCCUUGACCCAGGCCUUUACCAGUGACACGUUCGAAAAGAAGGUCAACUUGGGCGUGGGAGCGUACCGGACGGAACAAUCGACCCCGUGGGUGUUACCGAUCGUUCGGAAACUUGAAGCCGUCAUGGCGGCGGAUACCACAUUAAAUAAGGAAUAUCUUCCAGUCCUCGGCUUGCCCGCGUUCGCCCAAGCAGCGACCAAAAUGCUGCUGGGGCCGGAGUCUAAAGCCAUCCUGGAGGGGAGAGCCGUCGGAGUCCAAAGUCUCAGCGGUACGGGGGCGCUUCGCGUCGUGGGGGAAUUCUUCGCAAAGACGCUCGGUGCUACCAUGAUCUAUUCGAGUGACCCGACCUGGGAAAACCAUCGCCUCGUAUUUCUUAACGCUGGUUUCACCACAUAUUCCUCCUACGCAUAUUGGGACCCUGUAAAAAAGGCGCUCAACAUUGAAGGAAUGUUGGCCGAUUUAAACGCCGCUCCUCCAAAUUCGAUCAUCAUUCUUCACGCAUGUGCCCAUAAUCCUACCGGGGUCGACCCUACGCAAGACGAGUGGAAACAAAUCGCCAAGGUCAUGAAAGAGAAGAAGUUGUUUCCCCUCUUCGACUCGGCUUAUCAAGGCUUCGCUUCCGGAGACUUGGACGCUGACGCCUGGGCCGUCCGAUACUUUGAGCAGGAAGGCUUCGAAUUCCUCUGCUGUCAAAGUUUCGCCAAGAAUUUUGGAUUGUACAACGAACGUAUUGGAAACAUCACAAUCGUGACCAACGAUAAAGACACGCUGCCCAAAGUCCUCUCACAAAUAACCCUCAUCAUUCGUGGGAUGUACUCCAACCCUCCACAACAUGGCGGGAGAAUCGUCGCAAUGGCGUUGAACGAUCCAGAAUAUUUCGCCGAAUGGAAAGGUUGCAUUCAAACGAUGGCUGGGAGGAUUAAAAAGAUGCGCGCCGGACUGAAGGAAAGGCUCGAAAAGUUGGGAACGCCCGGAGAUUGGGGUCACGUGACGAGACAAAUUGGAAUGUUUAGCUACACGGGAUUAAAUGUCCCGCAAGUCGAGUAUCUCAGAACAAACUAUCACAUUUACAUGCUCAAAUCGGGACGAAUCAAUAUCUGCGGACUGACCGAGGCGAAUCUAGAUUAUGUUGCGGCGUCAAUUGACGACGCGGUCAGAAAGGUGCCGGCAUGAUUGCUGCUGAAAUGCAAGAGUUAUAUAGUGGAAAAUGCAGAGAGAUAAGAAAAUAGAUCCAUUACCAAAUUAAAUAUUUAGAUUUGUUGAACUUAAUUUUGAUCAAAUGCAUAUCAUAAACAAGAUAUAAGAGCUAAAAUAAAACCAAAAAAGCUUAUUAGAUUAUUAUGAA